GGUUUUCCUCCCCCGUUUCUUUCCUUCCCUUCCGUCUGGCAGGCGGGGCGGUGGAGACUUGCUGCCAACGGACGGUGGCCAAUCAAUCCCUCUCCAAUCUCGUCGACCACAGGGGUGACUAUGUCAUUUCAGCUUCACCCAAAUUCCUGGUAGUUUCCUCCUGCAAUUCGGCCAGACCCGGCGGCGGCGGCGGUGGUGGUGGUGGUGGUGCGGUGGCGGUGGCGGUGGCGGUGGUGGUGGUGCUGCUUUCUAUCGUCGUCGUCGAUUCUGUGGAAGAGAGAAAGUGGGAGAGGGAGGAAUGUCUUCGUCCAGUAGUCGAUUGGGCCAGACAUUCUGGUGCCACCCUUGCGACAUGAGCGUCACGCUCUUCGAAGGGCAGCCACUCCGCUGCCCUAAUUGCCUCGGCGACUGCGUCGAGUCCAUGGAGUCCGGCGACUACCUCGACUACUUCACACCGGAUCCGCAACCCCCUUCUUCCGCGUAUAUCCGCCGCCGGCGACUCGGCUCUGACAUCCCCCGCCUCGUGCCCUUCCACCAUUCUCGAGCUGCUGACGGCAUCGGCUUCGAAUAUUUGUUAGAUGACGACGAUGGCGGCGGCGGUGGCGGCGAAAUAAGAGGCGACGACGCCGCUGGUGGGCUCCCCGGCGACGAGGACGCAGAGCUCCGGCGGACCGGCCUGGGAGACUACCUGCUUGGCGACCGUCUCGAACGCCUUAUGGAGCACCUUGCUGAGAUGGACUCCGGCAACUACGGUCAUUUCCCGGCGUCAAAGGCGUCCGUGGCCGCGAUCCCUACUAUCAAGAUCACCCAGGCGAUCCUAGCCGAGGAUUCCUUGAAUUGCGCCAUCUGCAAGGACGAGUUCGAGGCCGAUGUUGACGCGAAGCAGCUGCCCUGCCGGCAUAUCUAUCACGGUGACUGUAUCCUGCCGUGGCUCUCGCAACACAACUCUUGCCCGAUCUGCAGGUACCAGCUUCCCUUGGAACCGCCAGAACCAGAAAUGUUUAGUCAUAAUUCAGGCGAUUGGAGAGGCCUUCGCGAUGGCGUUUUCCACGACGAAGAUUUUAGGGAAUUUCUUCGUCAAGUUCGGCGAGGCAUCCGGAGCAGGGGCGGCGGCCCCAAUGCUUUCACUUUUGAUCCAGAUUAUGAGGAAUACCUCGCUGUAGCAGAUUACUUCGGGCGCAUAUCCAGGAGGCACCGUCUGGCCGUGUCCACGACCAGGGAGAUUGGCGCCACGACUUCUCCGACGCAGGUAGGGAUGACAAGCUCAGGGCCGGCGAACAGCGGGGAAACGGUGUCCAGCGGCAACGAUGAUGGAGAUUCUCUGGUCUCUGAAGUUAGGGCCGGUUGAGGGAAUCAAUCCCCCAGGGUUGUGUUUGUAUGUAGUUGUCAACCUGGCGGAAUGUGUGUAACUAGAAGUGGAGUACAAAUCUGUUGAAGAGCUUGCCUACCGUAACGGAGCCAAUGCAGCAAGCUUAUAUCCUCGGCAUCUUCUCACUCUAAUUUUCACUUAAUACCAUAUAACCUAGUAGGACAAAAUUAGCAGUACUUAUAUACUGUGGUUUGUUGUUACAGUGUCUUGUUUUGUACAACUUCAUUUUGGCUUCGGGGAAUUGUUUCUUUUUACGGCUUAUUGCUGCUUCAUGAGUGCAGAAGAGUAGUUUAAAAAAAAAAAGCAGGAAGGAGGCCGCAGUUCUGAUUUU